ACUCAAACCUUGAAGUUGGAUUUAAUCGUGUGCUCCGAAAUCCUCGAUUCCCGUCAUCUUUUCCGCUAGCGCGUGAUUUAAUACCCAACACUUCAUCCCAUUCAUAUAUUAGGAAGAUACUUCACCCCGGAGGACACAGCUCCCACACUUUGUUAGAAGCUGCCGAGACAUUUAGCAAUUUGGGUGUCAUUGAUCGCCCUAUGUUUCAAUGCCACCCGGAUAUUUCAUUCAGCAGAUAAGUCAGCGCUUGAAAUUCAUUAAAGUGGAACACCAUCCACAGCCACCUCCAAAAAAUCACAGGAAACAACGACGAUCCAUUUGGAGAUGUGUAAAUCGUUUUCAGUGUUGAUCAAAGACAGUUACCUUCAGUGAACGCACGGGCAGUGUACAAACCAAGUGCGAGUUCGAAGCAAGGAACUCUACUCUGGUACUUUCUCUAGUAUUAUAAUCCUCUGAUAAAUGAUGCGUAAUCAGAAUCUGGCAACAGCACCAAACGGUGAUUCAGUUUACCUUCUUAAUCAAUCGUGUUCUUCUGGGCUUAAUUGCAGAUUUUUCCACGACACUUCCGCCCAAAUUUUCCGUCACACUUACGCUCGUUACACGAUAAUUUCGUUGGUGAGCAGCAUUUUAAUGUUGGGACAUUUUAACUCGGUUGAUUACAAAAGGAAAGUAUAAAAUAGAACUAAAAGGUCAUCCUUGAAGUCUGUGUUAAGAAAGUUUUCCUCGAGUUCAAUCUAUAACUACUUUAGUUGUAGCAAAUAAACGUCAGCCAACUUAAAUGUUUUGUCUCAAUAGUUUUUAAUCAUUUUAAUGCAAUGAAUGCUGUCAUUCACACCAAAUUUUGAGUUUUCGGGUAAAAACACAAUUCGAUAUUGGGUGCGCCAAUGGAAUGCCAUAGAAAUUGAGUAGCAACCCCCUAACCUAUUUUUAAAAGAAUCAAGUGGGUCUUGAGUUCUGUAUCUUCUUGAGAAUUCUGAUGAUAAAGAACGUGUCACAACCUGGUUUGAAUAAAUAAGCAUAACUUUUUUAGAUAAUACUCGCAUGGGAAAUUAUUAUUCAAAUCACUUGCUUGGUGGUGAAAUUGGCUUGGUGGUGAAACAAAAUAAUAUUUCUGAAAUGAGUUGAAUCUUGGAUAACGUGCCUUUAGCUACCUCUAUCGAUAAAAUAUGCUCCUUGGGCAAUGUGGUGAAUCUGCUGAAUUGUUAGAUGGAACAGCUCUAAGGUCCUAUAAUAACAUAUUGCACUACAAUUAUAAAAAUGUAUUUUAAAAUUGAUGUGCUUCAAUAGAAUUGAAAUGAUAAAAAUUACUGAUGAUUGGAAGAAAAAGUUGGCAUACUGGAAAUUAAAAAGUUCGUGGUGACACCAUUUUCAAUAUUACCGCUGUAGUCAGCAGUUUAUUUUUGGAUCUAUACAGAAAAGCUUUCGGAUUAUGACAGAUCACAGCUGAUGGUAAAUUCUAGCCAAUUAUUAAACGUAAACAGCGGGCAAAUGUUUGUUGUGUAGCGCAUAUAAAAUGUUUCCAGCCUUGAAACAGUCGAGAUUGUGCAACAGUUAUGCGGUUUUACGAAAAAGAUGGAUGUAUCCACCGAUUGGUGCCAUUUAUUGUGAUAAGUUGUUGAAUGUUCGUCGUCAAAAUUCAAUUGCGCGUUACUGGUGCUCUGAAAGGCAUUUUUCGUCUUCUGAACGUUGGGGUGACAAUUUUCAACACUAUGGGCUGAAGUUUGAUUCCAUUAGCACCACACCACCGAAGGAUGCGCGGGUGGUUGUGUGUGGGGGAGGAAUUAUGGGUGCAGCGGUGGCUUAUCAGCUGGCAGAUCGAGGUUGGGGUCCUCACACGGUUUUGCUGGAAAAGGGCCGGAUUGGGGAAGGCAAUCCAUGGCACUACAGCGGUUUACUGGGAGAGCUGAAGCCAUCGUACUCGCAAGUUUUAUUGGCACAAACGUCGUUAGAUUUAAUUAAAGAAUUUGACAAGAAAGGUCUUCCGACUGGCUGGAAGAAAACCGGUUCACUCAAUUUGGCCCGUACGAGGGACCGUAUGACGGUGUUUCGAAGGAUGAAAUCACAGAGCGUAUCUUGGAACGUCGAGUGUGAACUAGUUACACCAGAACGCUGCAAGGAACUCUGUCCGAUAAUAGAAAUUGAUGAUUUGAUCGGCGGUCUUUGGAUUCCCAACGAUGGCGUAGGAGAUCCAAAUGCAUUCUGCCAAAGUCUGGUAAAGGAAUCGUUAGAUAAGGGUGUCACUGUUGUUGAAAAUUGUGCAGUGACGAAAAUCAUUCAGGAGGACUUCCGGGUAAAGGCGGUCGAAACGACCAACGGUACAGUGGAAUGCGUCUAUUUUGUUAAUUGUGCGGGCUUUUGGGCUCGCCAAGUUGGUCAAUUAUCCGAGCCAUAUGUGAAAGUGCCUUUACAUGCUGCUGAACAUUACUACUUACACACAAAGCCAAUUUAUGAGCUGCCACAAUCUGGCAUUCCAGUGGUACGAGAUUUGGAUGGACAUGUUUAUUUUCGAGAGAACAAUGGAUGCCUAUUGGCAGGUGGCUUCGAAAGUAAGGCUAAACCUGCCUAUGAGGACGGCGAUAUUCCGCUUUCAAUUGCGGAUAGAAAGCUUCCAUCUGAUUGGGAUCACUUUCAUCCUAUAUUGGAGGAGUUAUUGCACAGAAUUCCUUGCUUGAAAGAUGCAACUCUCGAUCGCCUGUCAAACUGUCCAGAAGCAUUCUCACCCGACUGUAAGUGGAUCAUUGGUGAGGCACCAGAGAUUCAAAACUAUUUAGUAGCGGCUGGAAUGAAAACUAUAGGUAUGUCGGCAGCUGCUGGUGUUGGUCGCGCAAUAGCUGAUAUCAUCACUCAAGGUUAUUCCACAGUGGACCUUCACGAGUUGGACAUUUCUCGAUUUUUGGGCUUGCACAAUAAUCGCAAAUUUUUGCGCGAUCGUGUCCGCGAGGUUCCAGGUUUGCAUUACGAUAUGAAUUACCCCUUCUACGAGUUUCGCACGGGACGUAAUCUGCGCAUGUCGCCAAUUUUCCCGGUGCUCAAGGAGGCGGGGGCGGUUUUCAGUCAAGUCAUGGGCUACGAACGACCUGCAUGGUUUGACAAAUCUAAUUCACUGGAUGAGAAAGGCAUUCCCAAGUUCCGGAUAGCGACCACAAACGGUUUCGGAAAACCACAUUGGUUUGAGAACGUGCAAAGUGAAUACGAUGCGUGUCGAGAGAAAAUUGGAUUGAGCGAUUACAGUACGUUUACCAAAAUCGAUCUUUGGUCGAAGGGACGGGAAGUGGUAGAUCUACUUCAGUACUUAUGCUCAAAUGAUAUCGAUCAACCGGUAGGGGCCAUCGUCCACACCGGCAUGCACAAUCGACACGGCGGUUAUGAGAAUGAUUGUUCACUAGCUAGACUGUCGGAAAAUCACUACAUGAUGAUUGCACCUACGGUUCAGCAAGCUAGAUGCAGGGCUUGGAUUGAACGUCAUUUACCUCCGGGAGGGAGAGUGAGCGUUUCAGAUGUAACUUCCAUGUAUACUGCCAUAUGUGUUAUGGGACCUUUUACUCGAAUAAUGCUAUCGGAACUGACCGAUACAGAUUUGGCUCCAAAACACUUUCCUUUCUUCACAUGCAAGGAAUUAGAUGUAGGGCUUGCCAACGGAAUACGGGCACUAAAUCUCACGCACACUGGUGAGUUGGGCUAUGUUUUGUAUAUACCAAACGAGUUUGCUUUACACGUAUAUACGAAGCUGAUGGAAGCCGGCCAAAAGUAUGGAAUCAAACAUUGCGGGUACUACGCAAUGCGUACAUUAAGAGUUGAAAAGUUUUUUGCCUUCUGGGGUCAAGAUCUGGAUACAUUCACGACACCUCUCGAGUGUGGACGAAUGUGGCGUGUUAAAUUUGAGAAACCUGUGAACUUCAUUGGUCGGGAUGCCUUGCUGAGACAACGUGAUGAGGGCGUGCAGCGUAUGUACAUUCAGCUUUUGGUCAACGAUCAUGAUCCCGAUAUCGAUUUAUGGUGUUGGGGCGGUGAACCGAUUUACAGAGAUGGAGUCUAUUGUGGACAAACAACGACUACCGCUUACGGAUUCACGUUCAAAAAGCAGAUCUGUCUUGGAUUCGUUAAAAAUCUUGACUCCGAUGGCAAUUCGCUGCCGGUUACGAAUGAUUUCGUUCUCAAUGGAGACUACGAGGUGGAAAUCGCUGGGAUCCGCUACCCGGCCAAGGCUAAUCUACAUUCACCCAAUCUGCCAACUAAAUAUCCGGACCAGGAGCGGGAAGCCUACAAAGCAACAAGGGAUAAGUCUGAUGAUAGUAAUUUGCUCGCUUACAGAAAGCGGUAGGCAUGUAUUCAUGCUCGUGUGUGUGUGAUAGUGUGUUUUUUCAUCUCAUGAUAUUGAAGUGUAUUCAAUCAAUCUGAGAAUGGAACAAUGACAUAUAUAGUUUGGAUUUUUAAAAAUUGUUCUCAUUUAUUUAAUUGCCAACGAAAUUGAUCUUCCUAUUUGUUCAUAUAUUGUUGUGUUCGCCAUGUAUUGUAGUAUUGGAAAUAAAUUAUUAUGAAUUCAAUGAAACUAUCUAUUUUUAGAUUAGGAAGCCCUUCCGUAAUGAUUAAAAAAUAUAAUUGCAUUCGUUUGCGUUAUUAAUUGAUCUGCUUCAAUUCAGUGACUUCACGAGAAUAAAUGUUCAUGACAAAAACCAGUUAAGCUACUCAUUAUAACAGCCCAAUAAUUCAACACAAUGUAAUUGACAAUUCGAGAAAAAAAAAACGAAUGCGUAGAAUGCCACACAAGCGGAAAUACUUUUCAACUUGAUAUCCUGCUUUAAACCUCAUUUGACAUCACAGGCGUGAAUCCAAUUUUGAGUGCUGUAUUUUCCAUGUUGUCUGUCUGAUGUUUUGAAUUUAAUGAAAUCUAAUUAAAUAAAAGGAAUGUAAAUAAAAGGUUGUAUUUAUUACUGUUUUGA